AUGGCUCUCCCGGGCCGCCAACGGCUACAUACUUCGCCAUUCCUCUCCCUCGUGAUUCUUCCUUUCCUCGUCUUCCUCCUCAGCUUUGCAGGAUCAGCUUCCGCAGCUGGAUCCGCUGUUCUCGGUCUCGAUGUCGGCACAGAGUACUUUAAAGCAACACUCGUGAAACCCGGUAUCCCUCUCGAGAUCGUACUUAGCAAGGACUCCAAGCGCAAAGAAGCUGCCGCCAUUGCAUUCAAGCCCACAAGAGACUCCUCUGCCGCUUUCCCUGAAAGAUUCUAUGGUGGUAAUGCGCUGGCCCUGGCGGCUCGCUACCCUGAUGAUGUCUACAGCAACCUGAAGGCACUUCUGGGUGUGCCUUUUAAUGACGGAAAUGACGACGCUGUGAAGAAUUACUGGAGCCGGUAUCCAGCUUUGAAACUUGAGAGCGCCCCCGAUGGCCGUGGCUCAGCUGCCUUCCGCAGCAAUCGACUUGGCGAAGCGGAGAAGAAGGACGCAUUCUUGGUUGAGGAGAUCUUAGCCAUGCAGUUGAAACAGGUCAAGGAGAACGCCGAUACCUUAGCUGGGAAGGGCUCUGAUAUCCGUGACGUGGUGAUCACUUAUCCCACUUUCUACACCGCGGAAGAGAAGCGGAGUCUUGUGUUGGCAGCAGAGCUGGCGGGUUUGAAUAUCGAGGCGCUUAUCAGUGAUGGGUUGGCUGUCGGAUUGAACUACGCCACUUCCAGAAGAUUCCCUAGCGUGACAGAUGGUGAAAAGCCCGAGUAUCACGUUGUCUACGAUAUGGGUGCUGGCUCAACAACUGUCAGCGUUUUACGGUUCCAGAGCCGUCAGGUAAAGGACAUUGGCCGCUUCAACAAGACAAUUCAGGAAGUCCACGUCCUUGGAGCUGGUUGGGAUAAGACUCUUGGAGGUGAUUCGCUCAAUGAUCUCAUUGUUGAUGAUAUGGUCGCCAAGUUGGUCGAGGACAAGAAGCUCAAGGACAAAGUCACACCGGAACAGGUCAAGUCGCAUGGAAAGACAAUGUCGCGUUUGUGGAAGGAUGCGGAGAAGGUCCGACAAGUUCUCAGUGCCAACACGGAGACAUCUACUAGCUUUGAGGGUCUUUACGAUGAUGACUUGACCUUCAAGUACAAGAUCACACGCGCUGCUUUCGAGAAGAUGGCUGCUGAACAUUCGGCCCGCGUCGGUGUUCCUCUGGAGCAGGCCCUGGAGGCGGCUAAGUUGAACCUUGACGAUAUUGACUCCGUGGUCUUGCAUGGUGGAGCUAUUCGCACACCUUUUGUUCAAAAGCAAUUGGAGAAGGUUGUUGGCUCAUCUAAGAAGCUUCGAACCAACGUCAACGCCGAUGAGGCCGCUGUCUUUGGUGCUGCUUUCAAGGGUGCCGCUCUUAGCCCUAGCUUCCGAGUCAAGGACAUUCGUGCCCACGAUGCGGCCACUUACCCUGUUGUUCUAAAGUGGAACUCCGACGGCAAAGAACGAAACCAGAAGCUCUUCACCUCAACUUCUCAGGUUGGUCCAGAGAAGCAAGUGACGGUUAAGAACUUGGACGAUUUUGAGCUCAGCUUCCACCAGCUCGUUGGGCAGAAUGAAUUGCCCGUUUUGAGUGUGCAGACCCAGAAUCUGACUGCAUCAGUGGCCAAGCUGAGAGAUAGCUUUGGUUGCUCGACUGCGAACAUUACCACUAAGUUUUCAAUCCGCCUCAGUCCCAUCGAUGGCCUUCCUGAAGUGACCGGUGGCAAUGUGAGCUGUGAAGUGGAAGCCGAAAAGAAGGGUAUCGUGGAAGACGUCAAGGGCUUCUUCGGUCUCGGUUCCAAGAAAGACGAGCAACAGGUCCUGGGUGAGGAUGGUGAACCAGCUGAAUCCAUUACCCUUGAUUCUGAACCCGAACCUUCAACCACCUCAUCGGCCGGUGACUCUACUGCCACUCCCGCUAUCAAGGAGACCACGAAGGGCACCAAAAUUGAGACCAUUCCUAUCGCUUUGAAGUCCACCUUGCUUGGAACCAAAGCCCCAUCAACCUCUGAGCUUUCCCGCAUUCGUGCUCGCCUGGCUGCCUUUGAAGCCUCGGACCGCGACCGUGUUCUCCGUGAAGAGGCUUUAAACGAGCUCGAGUCUUUCAUUUAUCGUAGUCGUGAUCUUAUUGAGGGCGAAGACUUCGUGAACGCAGUCAAAGCGGAUCAGUUGGCCACCCUUCAAGAGAAGGUAUCUCAGGCCAGUGACUGGUUAUACGAGGACAGUGACAAUGCACACACCGCAGAUUUCAAGGCGAAGCUGAAGGAUCUCAAGGCCAUUGUCGAUCCCGCCCUUAAGCGCAUCAAGGAAGCUUCUUCUCGCCCUGCGCGUGUGGAACUGCUUCAGGAGAUGUUGAAGAACGCCGAGUCCAUGAAGUCGCUGAUUGAGUCCCAAAUCGCAAUUGACGACGCCGCUUAUUCAUCCGAGCUCUCUGCUUCAAGCACCGCAACGGUUGAAGAGUCAGAAACUGGCUCUGCUAGCACUCCUACUGCCUCCCCCACCGACGAUCCUUUGGAUGAUCUCGAUGAUGACGUCUACUCGACUUCUAACAAGAAGACCUCUACCAAGUCUUCCGCUGCCGCUAAACCCACUGGACCCAAGUACUCCCUCUUCGCCCCAUCUGAUCUCAUCAGCCUUAAUCAAGCUUAUGACGCCACCAAGCCCUGGCUUGAGACUCAGCUCGAGCUGCAAGAAAAGCUGACCGAGUCGGAUGAUCCUGUCUUGACAGUUGUGGAGAUUGAUUCUCGUCUGCGCGACUUUGAGCGUAUCCUUAACCGCAUGUACGAGCGUAUGACUGCGGCGGCUGGAAAGGAUCAAAAGAGCAGUGGCAAGAAGGCCAAGAAGGAAAAACCAGAGGCAAAGCCUAAGAGCAAGGCCGGUAAGGGUCAAGAGAAGGAGAAGGAGCAGGCAAAGGAGGACGAUCGGAAGGACGAGCUCUGA